AUGCCUGAAACGAGAUAUGUACCCCAUUCCAUCAUCCAACCCGGUUUCGCUCCUAUUCUGACUUGCGCAGAACGCCACUACUCGUACGAAUGCAAAUCCGCGCCCCAAGAGCGGCCAUACAUCGCCCGGCCAUCCCGCACUCAGCAGCUAUCUAACCCCAAGCUGCUCCCAAAACUGGCAAGCGAUACGCCCAAUUUCUUGCAAGAGAAGGAGGGCGUAGCCGACCAAGAGCUAGCCAAGCGAGAGGCCGAAAGGGCGCGCCAACGACAGCGCGAAGAGGACGACGAUGCCGCGUUGAGGGAGGCCUCGCCUGCUCGGCGGGACCAAGGACGCAGGUCCCCAUCCUACGACUCCGUCUCCAGCAUCUCUACGCGGUCACCGUCUCCCGUGCCCCAGCGACGAAGCCACAGUCCCAGCCGCAGGGGCAAGCAGCGGGACUCGCGCAGCCCUUCACCUCGGCUUUCCUCACACCGCGGGCGUGGACGCGAACCAUCCUACGACUCGGAUGACCGGUAUUCUCGCGGGCCGUCAGAGAGCCCGGAGCGCGGCUACCCAGCUCGGAAUUCACGACCGCCACGAUCCCUUUCUCCACGACGCUCUCCGUCUCCUCGGCGGGAUUAUGGCGGGCGCAGUCGUAGGGAUACGCGGUCGAGGCGGGAUUACUCCAGAUCUAGGUCUCCUGUGGCGCGGGAUGAUAGAGGGGGCAGGGAAGGGGAUAGACACGGGGCAGGUCGUUACCGGGAGAGGGACGACGAGGGCUAUCAGGGCAGGAGGAGGAGCCCAUCACCAGUCCCGGCACCGCCCCGGCGACCAUCGCCUCCACGGGAGAGGAGCCUGAGCCCAUUUAGCAAGCGCCUGGCGUUGACGCAGUCUAUGAAUAUGGGGAGGUGA